AUGGUAUCCCGAGACGCCGUAACAAGUAACCAAGAGCGCAGCAACGACAACCCAACCGUCGUGGUACUACAUCAAUGGCCCGCAGUCCGAAUGAUCGAUCCGAGUGUAGAGGGCGUGGUAAUCGGUCGCGACGUAAGUGGCCUCGCGGGCAGUAGAAGCACGCAUCAUUUACUUGCCGUCGGGCGCGAUCAGCCCGCGCACGGUGACACGGGUCGAGGAAGCGGCGGC